AGGGCCCGGGGGUGGGAGCGGCCGCUGGGCGGACACCGCCUUCCCCCAGGCACCCGGGAGGAAGCAGAAGGCCGGCGCCACCCCGCGCUCCGCGGUGGUCCCGAAAAACUUCCACGGGAGCAAGCACUCAUCUCUUGAAAUCAGCUCUUUUUUUUUUUUUUUUGCUGCCCAAAGCGAAAAACCCGGGCGAGGACUCGAGGGACGAAGUGGCUGUCCGGGCGCAGCCGGCCCACUGGAUCCCCUGCAGGCAGAGGUUCCGGCGGACCCUCCCCAGGGGCUGCUGAGCACGGCCAGGGACACAGAGGGAGCGGACGCGGGGUCGGGAGGCCGCCCCUCGGUUCCACCUCCCCAUCGCCCGACGGCCGGCUGGGCCAUGUCCAGAGGCCCGGGCUCCGCGGUCCUCCCCGCCGCCGCCGGUUUCCGGAAGCCCGCCCCGCGGAGCCUCAGCUGCCUCUCGGACCUGGAUGGCGGCGCGGCCCGGGAGUCGCGGCCCUGCAGGCCCCCCGGGAGCCCGGGCAGCGCGCCGCCGCCGCCGCCCGCGCCGUCCGGCUGCGACCCCCGCCUUCGGCCCAUCAUCCUGCGGCGGGCGCGCUCGCUGCCCAGUUCGCCCGAGCGCCGCAAUAAGGGCGCGGGCGCGCCGGGCGCUGCGUGCCGGCCGGGCUGCAGCCAGCAGCACCGCGUGCGCUUCGCCGACGCGCUGGGCCUGGAGCUGGCGCAGGUCAAGGUGUUCAACGCGGGCGACGACCCGUCCGUGCCGCUGCACGUGCUGUCGCGGCUCGCCAUCAACUCGGACCUGUGCUGCAGCAGCCAGGACCUGGAGUUCACCCUGCAGUGCCUGGUGCCCGACUUCCCGCCGCCCGUCGAGGCCCCUGACUUCGGCGAGCGCCUGGGGCGGCAGCUCGUGUGUCUGGAGCGCGUCACCUGCUCAGACCUGGGCAUCAGCGGUACGGCGCGCGUGCGCAACCUGGCCUUCGAGAAGCAGGUGGCGGUGCGCUACACGUUCUCGGACUGGCGCAGCGCGCACGAGGCGGCGGCGCGGUGGCGCGGGCCGGCGGGCACCGAGGGCGCCGAGGACGUCUUCGCCUUCGGCUUCCCGGUGCCGCCGUUCCUGCUGGAGCUCGGCUCCCGCGUGCACUUCGCGCUGUGCUACCGCGUGGCCGGCGCCGAGUACUGGGACAACAACGACGGCCGCGACUACAGCCUCACGUGCCGCAACCACGCGCUGCACAUGCCGCGCGGGGAGUGCGAGGAGAGCUGGAUCCACUUCAUCUGAGCCUCCGCGCGCAGGCCGCACCCGCGCUCACUUCCUGGCUGGGCUCUCGCAUCUGGGCAGUGGCCCUUCCUCACACCCCGUCCCCUAAGCGAGGUCGUCUGACCUCACUUCCCGCUGUAAGGUGUGCUGGCAUGGCCCAUCCUGUCUUCUACUUGCAUCGUCUGUGUCACUUGGUCUAAAAAGUAACCUCACGUGCCAGAAGGCCGAGCUGUGUCCUAUGCUGGGGCGGGGUGCUGGGUGGGUAGACGCAUGGGUGCGUUGGCCCCUCUGAAGAAGGCCCAGGCAGGUGGUUUUGGAAAGGCCUGCAUCCUCCCGCUGGGAAAGCCUGUGGCUUUUGCAUGUGUCCUGAUUGGGUCUCUGUGAAUAUAGCUGUUAUUUAUCAUCAUUGUGACGUUGGGACUUUUUACCCUUAGUGGAUGCCUUCUUCGGAACAUUCUGGAUUUAAUAAGCUAAAAAAGAAAAAAGUCAUUUUGUGUGUUUGUGCCCAUUGUAAACAGAAUGUACAGUGUGACUCCCAUUGUGGUCCCUUGUGGCAUUCCUGCCCUGGGACAAGAAAAACCUGAGAUCACAUUUUCUUGCCAAUGUCUGUAGGCUUCUAACAGCCGGGAAACUAUUAAUAGGCAUGAAAUUUAUGCCUCAUCCGGUCAUCUUACAACCAUUCCUGGUAGUUCAGGCUGCCCGGUUAGGCUGUGUGUCUCCUGCAUCAGCAAUUGCGAAGGAAGAAAAUGCUUAAAACUUUUAACUAGCAAAAGAGCCCUUUCUGCAGUCUCUUUUUGCACGUCAUGUAUUAUUCUUGUACAUGUUUGAUAAUUAUGUAUCUGCACUUUAUCAGGCCAUUCUGUUUAGAUU